AUGUUAAACUUAAUAUCCACAAUAAGUGGGUGGGCCUAUGUUGUCACCUGGAGCUUAGGGUUUUGGCCACCCUUACUGGUUAACAUAGCUACUAAAAGUGUCACUGGUCUUUCAAUUGACUUUAUUUAUUUUAACUUUGUCGGCUACGUUGUUUAUGUCAUAUACUACGCAUCAUUUCUCUACAAUGACACGAUCAGAAGUCAAUUUUCCAAGAGAUAUACAAAACCACCAUCCAGCGAUUUCGAAUCUCUACCAUUGGUAAACACGAAUGAUUUAAUAUACGCUUUACAUGGGCUUAUUAUCAACACAUUGGUACUCUCCCAGGCAUAUUGCUGGGGCUACCGUAAAAAUAGAAAUCAAAAGUUAUCAACACCUGCAAAACUGUUUUUCCUUGGCUGUUUGGUCUAUGUUUGCAUAAUGGUUCUUUCGAUAGAACUACACAGUGGUUUAUGCCAGUGGCUGGACCUCUUGAACUCGUUGGGAAUAAUGAAAAUCGGAAUGAGCAUCGGGAAGAACAUCCCCCAAAUAUUGUACAUUUAUAAAAGAAAAUCCACUAAAGGCUGGCCUAUUCAAGUGAUUUUCUUUGACUCUAUUGGAGCAUCUCUGUCUUUGAUCCAACUAACUUCAGAUGCUAUAAGCUCCAAAAGUUUUGAUAUUAUAGUCACUAAUACUCCCAAGUUGGUGAUAGCAAUCGAAGUUUUGAUCUGCAACUUGAUCAUGUUUACUCAACAUUAUUACUUCUACAGAGAUGAACUACCUAUAGACCAAAGGGAACCACAGGAAUCAAUGGACAGUAUCAUCGAAUUAAGUCUAAAAUCAUAUGGGUCAAUCGAUCAUUUAGGACAAUCAGAUGCCGACAAGAAUGAACCUUUCAGAGUCGAAGUACGAGACAGUUUUGAUGUCGAAAGCUUGGCUUGGUUAUCUGCUCCUGCUUAA